GUUUUGGCUAUGCAGUAUUUCUUAGGUCCAUCUCUGAGCAUUGUUAUCGAUUCCGCGAAGCCCAUGUGUUAGACUACCCAUCGCUACCGAUCCUCCGUUGGGGCUAUAAAAUGGUGAUUUCCCGGUAAUAGUGUCUUAAUUGCAGUCGAGGAGAGUCCAGGACAGUUGCUGAACAAGACAGCUUAAAGCUCAAAUUUUUUAAAUAUAAUUUUAAAAUGGCAGAGGCUAAUAACAAUGGAAACCAGCGCACGGCUCGGGAAGUGCAGCAAGAAUUUGCUGACAAGCUCGGUUACGCGGAGCAAAUUAUAUGGGAUUUGUUGUCGGAGGAGCAAGCUCAUUUGCUGGAGGACAAGCUUAGGCAUCUCAUACGCGAUCCUCAGCCUUCUGAGAACAAUAACGAAUUGGUACUUCCGGCGCUAACUCCUGAACUUCGUAUCAAGGAAGAGAAGGAACGAACCAAGCUAAUCAAUGACAACAAAAAAGCUCGAGAAGCAAUUUUCAAAGCAGUGUGGGAGCAACGAAAGUACACAAACCGCCAAUCGCUGACGGCCAUCAUCUAUGUGAUGGUUAUAGCCGACGAAAAGGACGUCAAUCGCGCCGAGGACUGCACUAAGUUCUCGUGUCAUCCUGUUUUCCGGGCCCGACGAUGCAUAACUGACAGCAGCGGACGAAGCGGAGACAGUUCCGACUGCUGCAACAUAUUUGUGGAUGAGAACGGACGCGUCUACCAGAACUGGGAGCAGUAUGUGGCCACAAAUGAGUUGCCCGCAGGCAUAAUGGUGGCGCCCGAGCGGGGAAUCUACAGGCUCGUAAAAGAUCAUGUGCGUCUGGACAAGUACGUGACACCGGCUGGUAGCGAUAGUAGGAAAGUGCUUGGCUUCCUGGACGUGGGCUCGGCUGUUGGAGGAUUCGCUGCUGCCGGUAUUUCGAUUGCGGCAUUAUGUACUCUACCAGUUUCCGCUCCGUUAUUGGCGGGCGCGGGAGUUGUGGGCCUGGCCAGUGCCGGGUAUGGAACGGCUCGCUCCGCUGGCAAGCUGGUGGAUCGCAGCCAGCAUGAACAAUCGAUUAACGUAACCGACCGUGAGGCGCGAAGCCAUUGGCUGGGAACGAUUGCCGGAGUUAUUGGACUAGGAGCUGCCGGCGCCACCCAAGCCGUUACAGUGGCCACUAAUGCUGGACGCGAGGUGGGAGCGAUAACCCAGCUGACGGUAAACGGCAUGAACAUUACCUCUAUUGCCAUUUCCGGGACAGGCUUGGCCAAUGGCAUUCUCGACAUGAUAUUGAAAGUGCAGGAUGGAGAUGACAUCACCACCAUUGACGUGCUGCAGUUGUCGGCAUCACUUGUGCUCUUCACCCACAGUGUCUACAACUUCAAGCUGGCCUCGACCAUUAUUAAUGACACGGCCAACAAGAAUUUGGCCGGCUAUAGGGAAACUCUAAGCAACCGGCAACGACGCAUGUUCGACAAGACCUACAAGGAAACCAUUCGUAUAAACGGCAAUAGGGCCAAGGUGGACAUUAUACGCAACGUCAACGAGAUUCCAUCGCGGCAGCAGUUCAACGAUCUGUACAAGAUCAACAAACAGCUCAACAAGGAGGGAGUGCGAUUCUCCUUCGGAUCCGACGGCAAGACCAUUCUCUUGAAUGGAGAAGUUCAAACGACGACCGCUGAUCUGCGUGGCAGUGUUCAGCACAACCAAGGACCUAAUAUUUUGGGAAAGGUGACACAGCCUAUUCCCGCCAGCCAUGUGAAUGCGGCGAAUGUCGGAACGACCGCCGACUCGCGCAUCAUUGGCCCGCAACCAAGCUACCAGCCGCGACAGGAGCCGAGAAAUUACGCCGUCGGAGUAUUUGCAUUGGAGCUUAGCUCAGUGGUCAUCGGAGGAAUGGUGUUUGUGCUGGAAUCCUAUGGACGCGUCAUCUUCGAGCAUAUAGCCAAUGCAGAGGCCUUCGAAAACAUUAUUGAGGUCAUGUGCGAGAAUUUGCCGCCAGAAGUCUUUGACUUUAUUAUGAAGCUGACGCGCACCUUUAUGGACACCAUGCUGGACGAGCUGACCACGGUGCUAAAGUUCUUCAUAACCACGGAAUCGGUGCUGUACCGUAUGUUGAUGUAUGUGUUGAAUAACUUUAGAAACGUGCCUGUUGAAGUCCUGGAACAGCAUACUGGGGACAUUUUUAGGGCGUUGGAGAGCUACUAUUUGUCCCUCAACCCUAACAAUUACACUGGUCUGCUCCAGAAGUGCAAGGUCUGCACGGGCUACUUUCAAGUCAGUCAAUUGUAAGCCGUUUUACUUAACGAAGCAUUUAGAGUGAUAUAAAGUGCCUUACUGCGAUACUAAAAAUCACAAAUUUUACUAAAAACACAAAAGAGCAAGCAUCGACACAAAUUAUUGUGAUAUAAAAAACACAAAAAAUAAAACAGAAGCACAAAGUUGUAAUAUUUGUAAGGCUAUAAACAAGAAGAGAAAAACAUGGGUUGUAAUCUGGCCAUCUAUCCUAGUGGCUUAAAAAUGUAAAAUUAUUUUUAUAAUAACCGAUAUGGAAAUAAAUGUUGGUCUACCAUUUCUUAAAAUUUCA